AUGGCGGCGCUACCGUACAUCUCAGUGCAGCCUAACUACGCCGAGGUGUUCUCAGACGUCUCAUCCUCCACCAUCGCAGCCGAGAAAGCGUGGCUCUCGUACUACUCUUCCAAUGCGCCAUCAUCCAGCGUCCACGCCAAGUUGCAGCUGAUACAGACCAAAGACGAUGGGAGCAACGUCGACACUCAGGGUGGUGUCAAGAUCGGUCAAGUCGACCUGUCCGGCGGUCCUGCCAACGGGUUGCAGAUCAACCGGGUGCAAGGGUCGUGGCUCGACCUUCAGUUGACGCAGGAGUCCAGAUCCCAAACCGAGAGCAGCGGCAGCGGCGACAAACGAUCGGCGAGAACCCUUCAGCCCGAGAUCGAGCUAGACUCGGGGGUGCAGGUGCGUUUCCCUCGCAGAACCGUCACCAAGUUUCUCCCUACCGUAGGAACGUCCAAGGUGAACGACAACUACACAAACCACCCCACCAUCGAUGCCUUUGACGUCUCUCUCGGCACCGCAGAAGACGAGCUCGAUCUCUUUGUAGCCGGUGGAGCAGAAGGGUCGCUGUACACCGGUCGCCUAGCCUCGGAAUUUGACGCUUCCGAAGCGCGGAACCUGGCCAUCUCCUCCCUCACUCCGGAAGAGCAGCACAUCCUCACCGGCGAAUCUCCCGAUCCGGAAGAGCGCAAGUGGGACAUCGAAGCGCGCGUCCGACUCGCCGUCAACUCCGCCAAAGCGCGACAGACCAAGAAGACGUGCCUGAAAGGUCACGUUGGAGACGUGCGCUUCGUCAAGUUCUUCCCUUCCAACCGAGUCGUUCUGUCUACAUCGAGCGAUCUCACCGUUCGCAUCUGGGACCCCUUCACGGGUGACAACCCGCGCACGCUUCAAGGUCACAAGCGAGCCGUUUUGACCGCGGGAAUCCUGGGUAGGGGCAAGAACGUGCUGACGGCGGGUGCGGACGGUUCGAUCCGAUUGUGGGACGUUGCGGCGCCGAAGCAGAUCCGGUUGAUGGGGAGUGAGAGGUACUCUGCAGUGCAGUGUCUGGCGCUGGAUCGACAGGAGGAGGAGCAGAGUGCGUUUGUGACGGGGCUGGCUAGUGGUGUUUGGCAGAUGAUGGAUUUGAGGACGGCGACGGCGACUCUGACGGUAAGCAAGUUUAGUUUUCCGCCGGGGGAGGCGCCGACAGCAACGGAUCUGUGGACGCAGGAGACGAGCGCGGGAGUGACGGCGAUCGAUGUCAUGGGUAACACGGUUGUCACCGGCACCACGAAUGGCAUCGUCAGCGUGUGGGACGUUCGAAACGUGUCUUCUUCGCAGGACGAUUCCAAACCAACAGCCGCGUCCAAAGGUUUGUUGACGACGUGGAGACGCAACAACGCCGAGAUCAACAGCAUCCGUCUCACCACUUCGCCGAACAACGCGCACGAGGUGCUGGUGGCUACGCAGGAUGGGUUGCCGUACCGAGCUGCGGUCGAGGGUGAGGUGGACAUGCAGGUGGAUGGAGAGGAAGCGAGGGUGAGGGCGCCGAGGGUGGUGCACGAGUAUGCGGGGUGGGAUUGCGACCCGACGAGUUGGAUUGGGUUGGAUAGGGAGGGCAGGACGGUUGUGGCUGGUGCGGAGGGUUCGGUCAGGCGGUAUUGA